AUGGCAUCAUCCACUCCAAAUCAAGACUUAGUAUUCUUCAGAGAUAACUCUUUGAUUCACGACAAGGCACUAGAAUCAAAAUCAUCAUACUUAUCAAUAAUAUCUCAUGUCCAAGGUACAUCUCCCAAUUGGUUAGUCAAUUCAUUAAUUGAAAAUGCCAUAACUGGAACGGCAAGUUUAAUAAAUAAUGAUCUUAAGAAGGUUUCAAAUAGAUCGAAAGUGGUGUUGAUAUCAUUUUUACAUUCACAGGAUUAUUAUAUUAAGAAUUGUCGUAAGAAUGGAUUGGAUCUUUCGAAUGAUUCGAAUUUUAAAUUUAUUGAUUGUUUUAGUGAUUUAUUUAUUGAACAGAUUAAAACACCAGAAAAUGCAAUUAAAGAAGUCAAUGGUUUAUUUGAUAAGAUAUCCAAAUCAAUAAUUGAUCCAAAGACAAUUGUAUUCAUAGAGGCUCCAGAAAUAUUAUUGUAUUGUACAGAUAUAACAAGUAAUGAUUUAUUAUUUAAUUUGAUUAAAUUGAAUAAACUUUGUCGUCAAUUAUUUGUAAUAAGUUCAAAAGAUUAUCCUCAAUAUGUUGAUUUUGAUAGUCGAAAUCCAAAAGAUGCUACUUAUAAAAUCACGGAUUUCUUAAUUAAAUUAUUCCAUCGUUCACAAUUGAAUAUUAGUUUACAACCAUUGGCUACAGGAAGAGCAAAAGAUAUAACUGGAAGUCUUGUGGUUUCUCAAGGAUCAAUUCCAUUUGAUAUUCCGCAAAUACAUAUAAACGAGAAAGAGUACAUUUACAACAUCACAAAAGAUUCAAAUGUCAAAUUAUAUUUCCGUUAA